CCCGGUUACACCGAGGCUGUCGCAGAAACCGGAAACGGAAGUGUGCGUCCUCGGGCAGCUUGGUUUGGUCGCUCUGUUCAUCGGGUGUGAGAUACUUUUUACCUCUGUCGCCAGUCGGCCUGAUUGACUACGAGGUGACCCCGCAGGCUCCUGUUCCAAGGUCUAAGGGUGCCUUUCCCGCUCUUCUGCGCACUCCUGAUCUCUCCGGCUUCCCAGAACUUCCUAGCCGGGGGAGCCAUCGCCGCCCCUGGCUAUUUGCCUUUGCGGCCUCCUCCGACUUUCCAGCCUACUGGGCCGCAGGUGUUUUCUGGACCUCUGACUCUUGGUGCAUUAACAGAUCUCAAGUGUGGUAAGGGGAGAACUAGUCCAGUCUUGUCAGCUGGGGACCUGGGGAUACCAUCAUCCACAUCUGUAAAUCACAAGUCCAGUUUCAACUGCCCUGACUAGUGUGUGGACCAGACAUUAUUCAUCUGCUUCUAAACUGCCUGGUGCUCUGCUUCCACACCCGUCCCUCUUACUCAAGUGGAUUCUUGGGCUAAGAGUUGAUGUUCUCUGAAGAAUUCAAGAAGCUGGAGCAAGGAAAUGGAGCCUUCAUGUUAAUGGGUCCAGUCAUGCCUCGCAGUAAGAAUCCGGAAAGCUUGGCAAUUAUUGUCUCCAGUUCACUGAGUCUGUGUUAACCCGGGCAGCGGUUUGUCCAGGGUUCCUCAGAAAGACGAUGACCUCGACUUUCCUCUGCCUAAUAGCCAGUUAGAAGACGGGCCAUGGAAGAUGAAGAGCUGACCAACCUGAACUGGCUGCACGAGAGCAAGAACCUGCUGAAGAGCUUCGGGGAAUCAGUUCUCAGGAGCGUCAGCCCUGUCCAGGAGCUGGAUGAUGACGCCCCCCAAUCCCCUGCCCAUUCAGACAUGCCAUAUGAUGCCAGGCAGAGCCGCAACCACUGCGCCACCAGGGCUCCUCCUUACUCCUUUAGCGGCCUCUUAUUUAUGGCCAUCGAGGACUCCCCGAUGAAGCACCUGCCGACAACAGAAAUCUACAACUGGAUCUUGGAACACUUUCCGUAUUUUGCAAAUGCAUCUACUGGCUGGAAAAACUCAGUGAGGCGUAAUUUGCCAUUGAAUAAGUGUUUUAAGAAAGUAGACAAAGAGAGGGGUCAGGACUCAGUGGUCAUUGAGGAUGUGGCUGUGGUCUUUAGCCAGGAAGAGUGGGCUUUGCUGGAUCUUCCUCAGAGGAGACUCUACAGAGACGUGAUGAUGGAAACCUUCAGAAACCUGGCCUCAGUAGUCUCUCAAAACCUUAAUGAUGAAGAAAAGUUAUCCAGUGAACAUAUAAUGGUGCAAUUCAUGAAGAGUAACACCUGGUCCUCCAUAUUAGAAAUCUCAGAAUCGCAUAUGAAUAAAGAUCAGCAUAAAAACCAGAUGAAACAUUUAAGAAGUCAUACAGUAGAAAACCUCUGUGACAGAAAUGAAGGCAAUCAGUAUGAGAAAACCUUUGGCUGGAUUCCAAAUCUUACUGUGUUAAAUAGAAAUCAUCCUUUUGAAUGUUGUGAUUGUGGAAAAUUCUUCAUAGAUCACUCAUCACAUUACCAUCAUGCCAGAUCUCACACUGGAUGCAGUACCUGUCAGUCUAAGAAAUGUGGAGAAGCUUGCAGUUGCCCCCCUCACCUAACCACUCCUUUGAGAUCUCUUCCUGGAAAGAAACCACAGAAAUGUAAGGUAUGUGGGAAGGACUUCAUUUGUAUCUCAGCACUUAAGAAUUCUAUGACAACACUCACUGGUGAGAAACGCUAUGAAUGUAACAAAUGUGGGAAAUAUUUCUGUAGUUUUUCACUUUUUUGGACACAUGUGAGAAGGCAUAGGUGUGAAUGUAAAGAAUGUCAUGAAACCUGUAUUCAUCCUUCAUCUCGGGUUUUACAUAAAAAAUUUCCUAACAGAGAUAUGCCUCACGAAUGUAAGGAAUGUGGGAAAGCCUUUAGUCAAUUAUCACACCUCACUACACAUAUAAGAACUCACAAUGGGCAGAGGCCAUAUGAAUGUAAGGAAUGUGGGAAAGCCUUUAUUCAGGCCUCAGCCCUCACUAAACAUACAAGAACUCACAAUGGAGAGAAGCCUUAUAAAUGUAAAAAAUGUGGAAAAGCCUUCAGGUGUUCCUCACACCUCAGUGAUCAUAAAAGAACUUACAAUGGAGUAAGGAGUUGUGAAUUUAAGGAAUGUGGGAAAGUCAUUAGUCAGUCUUCACACAUCACUACACAUAUAGGUGCUCUCAUGAGGCAGACGCCUUAUGAAUGUAAGGAAUGUGGGAAAGCAUUUAAUCAGGCCUCAUACCUCACUAAACAUAUAAGAACUCACAGUGGAGAGAAGCCUUAUAAAUGUAAGGAAUGUGGUAUAGCCUUUAGUGAUUCCUCAGCCCUCACUACACAUAUAAGAAUUCACACUGGAGAGAGGCCCUAUGAAUGUAAGGAGUGUGGGAAAGCUUUUAGUCAGGCCUCACACCUCAGUAGGCAUUUAAGAACUCAUAGUGGAGAGAGACCUUAUGAAUGUAAGGAAUGUGGGAAAACCUUUAAUGAUUCCUCAGCCCUCACUACACAUAUAAGAACUCACAGUGGAGAGAAGCCUUACGAGUGUAAGGAAUGUGGGAAAGCCUUUAAGUGUUCCUCACACCUCACUGAACAUAAAAGAACACACACUGGAGAGAGGCCUUAUGAUUGUAAGAAAUGUGGAAAAGCCUUUAGUUGUUCCUCACACCUCAUUAAACAUAUAAGAACUCACAGUGGAGAGAGGCCUUAUGAAUGUAAAGAAUGUGGGAAAGCAUUUAAUCAAGCCUCAUAUCUCACUAACCACUUACGAACACACAGAGGAGUGAGACCUUAUGAAUGUAAGGAAUGUGGGAAAGCCUUUAGUCGUUCCUCACACCUCACUAAACAUAUAAGAAUUCACACUGGAGAGAGGCCUUAUGAAUGUAAGGAAUGUGAGAAAGCGUUUAGGUGUUCAUCCGACCUUACUAAACAUAUUAGAACUCACACUGGGGAGAGGCCCUAUGAAUGUAAGGAAUGUAGGAAAACUUUUAGUCAGGUCUCACACCUCACUACACAUACAAGAACUCACAGAGUAGAGAGACCUUAUGAAUAUAAAUAACAUGAGAAAGCCUUUAGUGAGUCCUCAUCCCUCAGUAUACAUAAAUGAACUCAGAGUAGAGAAAGGCAUGAAUUUAAUGAAUGUGGAAAAGCCUUUGGUCAUUUCUCAUACCUCACUUCACAUACAAGAACUCAGAGCUGGAGUGACUAUUCUAUAUCAAAAGUGUAAUGUUUCGUUCUUAAUGCUAUAAUUUCAAACAGCAAAUUUCUGAAAGUUUACGGUUGAAGAACAAAGUUUCUCUUUGAGUAAGAAAGCAAUACCAAUUCAAAGAAGGGAUCAUUAGAGCUACUUUGGGAAAAACGACAGUUUCGUUGUAACUGUAGGGCUAUCCUCAUCCAUGUUUGUUACUUUCUCAGUCCAAAUUAAGUUUUAUCUUUCUUAAAGCCUUUGGCUAUUACAAAUAAGGCUGUAGGGAAUAGCCUGAGCAAAUAUAUUUCUUUAUGUUUUAUUGAUGUCAUUUUACAUACAAUAAAAUACGCUGAUCCUGUAUUUGGCUUAAGAGUAUUUUGUUUUGUUUCCUUAUCACAUUUCCAUCCAAUCUUUCCUAUUGUUAACUAUUUUAGCCUUUAUAAUUAGUAUUUUUCUCAUGGGGCAGUACUUUGAGACUGCAAAUAUUUUUUCAUCAUACUUUGGCCUACUAAUUUUAGUACUCUUUGAUAAUUUUUUCCCAUGGUUAUUAUUACUGUGAUGUUUACCAAAUGAUAUUUUCUGCUCCAAUCAUUUCUCCUUUGUUUAUUAAUUGGAAUUCUGCAAGGAAUAGCUUUCUCUAUUCUCCCCUUUAUUUAUUUGUUUAUACCAGUAUAGGUUAAUUCAUAUUACUUUUUCUUUUCCUGGUUAAAUUGCCCCAGAUUUGGUUAGUAGAAGCUCCCGUAAAUAGGUUCCUGAAUCUUUUUGAGGUGUCUUCAUUAUAAUUUGUACUUU